AUGCCGAGGAGUUUAGAGCCGUUGGAUCUUGGAAUCCAGAUACCGUACCACUUUAGGUGUCCAAUCUCACUCGAGCUGAUGCGUGACCCAGUCACCGUCUGCACCGGCCAAACCUACGACCGAGCCAGCAUCGAGUCAUGGGUCUCCAUCGGAAACAACACCACCUGCCCAGUCACUCGCGCUCCUCUCUCCGACUUCACGCUCAUUCCCAACCACACUCUCCGCCGUCUCAUCCAAGAAUGGUGCGUCGCUAAUCGCUCUAAUGGCGUCGAGCGAAUCCCUACUCCCAAACAGCCAGCUGAUCCAACCUCCGUUCGAGCUCUCCUCAGCCAAGCUUCCGCGACGUCAGGAGCUCACGUCUCCGUUCGCUCACGCGCAGCCGCCCUCCGCCGUCUACGUGGAUUUGCGCGCGAUUCCGAGAAGAACCGUGUUUUGAUUGCCGCGCUUAACGCCGGACAAAUUUUGAUCAGGAUUCUGUUCUCCGACGACGUCGUCGACUCUCCGCCGUCGGAAUUAGUAUCUGAAUCGCUCGCUCUUCUGGUUAUGUUUCCGAUGAAGGAACCCGAUCAUUGCGUUUCGAUCGCGUCGGAUCCGUGCCGGGUCGAGUUUCUGACCCGGUUGCUGUUCGAUUCCUCGAUCGAAACACGCGUUAACGCCGCCGCGCUAAUCGAAAUGGUGUUGACUGGAUCGAAAUCGGCCGAUCUGAAAGGAAUGAUCUCAAACUCGGAAUCCAUCUUCGAAGGAGUUCUCGAUCUUCUACGAAAUCCGAUUUCGUCAUAUCCACGACGAGCCUUGAAGAUCGGAAUCAAAGCGUUAUUCGCACUCUGCCUCGCCAAAAACACGCGCCACAUCGCCGUCGCGGCCGGAGCACCGGAGAUUCUAAUCGACAGACUCGCGGCGGAUUUCGACAGAUGCGAUACGGAGCAAGCGCUUGCGACGGUGGAGCUCCUAUGCCGAUCGCCGGAGGGAUGUGCGGCGUUUGGAGAGCAUGCUUUGACGAUACCGCUUCUAGUGAAAACGAUACUGAGAGUUUCCGACCGCGCGACCGAGUACGCUGCGGGGGCGCUGCUAGCGCUUUGCACGGCGGAGGAGCGGUGGAGAGACGAGGCAGCGGCGGCGGGAGUGGUGGUGCAAUUGCUGCUGAUGGUGCAGAGUGAGUGUACGGAGAGAGCGAAGAAGAAGGCACAGAAGCUACUGAAGCUUCUCAGAGACUCAUGGCCUGAUUACUCCUUCGCUAACUCCGAUGAUUUCGGUUGCAGCGAAGUGGUCCCCUUUUGA